AUGACAACCUUUGAAGCUUCAAAUGUGAUCAAUUCACCUCAAUUUGAGCUAUUGCGCAACCUCUGUCAUGUCGUCAUCAUUUAUUCCAGGCUGUAA